GUUGAGAAAUGCAUUCUUCAUCUCCCUCACAUUUUUGGGUAGAGCCCUCUUCGGUUCUGUCAAUCUGUCGUCCGGAAUCACUCUCCGCAUCCAGCAUAAGCUCGGGUGUGUAGAAACACUUUGAGUACUCUGCUAAACUCUGCUAAAGUAGCUCUCUUUGAUGUAUACUCAGUGGAUGGAAUUACCAAUUUAAAUAUUUGAAUUGAAAGAUAAGGUUUGCAAAUUUCGCAUCCUAAAUACAGUAAUUUUCGUAAUACAUGUACUUAAAACUCAAUAUUUUAAUAGUAGGUGUUGAUUUUAGAUUCAAGAUCUGUUUUUAUCUCUUCCUGAUCCUGAUAUUCAUGUUCACGAUUGACAUAUUCAGUUUGGGGUUAUGCUUAACAUAUCUGUGCUUUAAUUUUCAUCUAUCUGUGCUACUUAGAUUAUGGCAAGGAAAAGGAGAGAUAGAUUCAGUGAGCUUCCGGUUGAUUUACUUGACAAGAUUUUGGGAUGCAUGCCCAUUUUGUACGCAGCUAGAUUGGCUGUUUUGUCUACUCUCUGGAAAGAUGCUUGGUUCAGUCUUACAAAACUCGACUUUGAUCUUUACUUCUUUUGUCACAUAAGAGAAAAGUAUGAUGCGUACUAUGAUGAUAGUGAUAGAUGGACCUGGAAAGCAAUAUAUAAGAAUCCUAAGAUUGAUAUGGUUGUCUCUGAGAGUAUGUAUAUAAUCAACAAAGUCCUGAUGCAUCACAAUGGACCCAUUCGCAAAUUUUGCUUUGCAGUUCAGGUUUAUUCCCUCGAACCACUUGGGUCACGAGUAUUUGACAUCUAUAAAUGGCUCAAUUUUGUCACACAAAAAGGUGUUGAAGAAAUUCAGCUCAAUUUUGAUACACGAGAUGGAUUCUUACUGCCAAACUGCAUCUUUUCCUGCCAAACAUUAAGGAGGUUGCGUCUUGGUGGAUCGUCUUAUGACACAAUAAGUUCCCCUUGCAUUUUACCAAAGUUCACUUCACUUUUUUUUGAAAACGUUGACUUUGAGCGUAGUGUUCAUACAAUUAACGCUCCCAUGCUUGAAAAUCUGUCAUUUGUAGCAUGUCGUGAAACUUUGUUCCAUUUUAACGUUACUGCUCCAAAACUUAGUACGCUAACAUUUCAAGGUUGUUCCUAUCACCAAACCAAUGUCAAUAUUCCAGUUAAAUACUCGACAUGGGAAUCUGUUCGUACUCUUGUUCUUGAUGGUUACUCAAUCGAUAAUUUUUUUGAACCUCUUACUAAAAGGGGGGCGCCACAACAUUCAUCUCAACUUCAACUACUAUACGUGGAAUACUUGAUGUUGCUUGAAGACCCGCUAAAGUGCGACCCUGAUUCGCUUCUAAUAGUAGAGCAUGAUAUUUCUCCUGCAUUCAUUCGUGUCCUGCAGUUAUGCCCAAAGUUGUCCAAACUUUGUAUAGAUGUAUCGUUUUUUCAAGACAUGGAAGGUUGUUUAGGUACGCCAUCAGAACUUUCAGGGGAGCUUUUACGUGUGGCCCAAACACUUAACUUGCUUCACACUUUGAUUUUGAGUGGCCCCUACUUAUGGAAUAGUAAUUUGUGGCUCUUUGGGAUCAAGGGGUUACUUGCAUGCUUCCCAACACUUAAGAAGUUUGUCAUUGGAAGAGAAUUCAAUCUCAAAACUAUCAAGGAAAUAUUGCAUUUUCCACGUGCCUCCCCAAAAGUCGAAAUAGUUUUCAUCAAAACACGUGUCUUAUUCUAAUGAAUUUCAUCUAGAUGUUGAUUUGUAAUUUACUGGUUCAACAAUGUAUAUUUCUUUGGUUUGAGAAUUCUAAUAUCGCGCUUGAUGUUCAUAUUCAAAACAAUUGCCAUCUUCUUGCCUAAGAUGGAGACUGGAAUCUUGGCCAUCAGUUGGCACAAUUUGGGAAUUUGGAAUUAUGCAGUCGCGCUUAACCUAGUUUUUGUUUCUAUUGCAUCUAUAUGUUAUUUUUGAAUACUUG